CCUAGAGCCGCCAUCGAGUCGAUGGCUAAAGAAUCCGAAGUGUAACCAUACAAAUAAUCAGCAGCAUCCACUUCUUAUUAUAUACUACAACUUUCUUUUGCUCUCUAUUCAUAGCAAAUCAAGAAACCACUGCAGCUUUGUGCGAAAACCUAACAGAAAUCUCAAUCAACGAUGGCCUCGGAUUCAGAAGAAAGCAGCAAUCAAGGUAAAAAACUCUCCAAAAAAGAAGCCGCAAAGCUCGAACGCCAGCGCAAACGUCAAGAGGCUGCUGCAGCUGCUGCCACCACUGCCUUAUCCGCUGUCUCCGUUGACGAAGGACCGGACCCGCUUGCCGUCAACUACGGCGACGUUCUGCUCAACGACCUGCAAUCCAAGGUGGUGUCGGGUCGCCAAUGGACCAAAGUCGAGUUACUUGCUCCGGUAAUGAGGGACCAGGUGGUCCUGAUUCGGGGUAGGGUUCAGACGAUCCGUCCCGUUGGGAAGAAGAUAGCUUUCGUUGUCGUGAGGGAACGAGGUUUCACAGUGCAGUGCGUGUUGACGGUAAAGCCAGAGUUGGUGAGUGCGCAGAUGGUGAAAUUCGCAACAAGUCUGAGCAAAGAGUCCAUUGUUGAUGUUGAAGGUGUUGUUACUGUCCCGGAGAAGCCAAUUACGGGUGCCACUCAACAACAGGUGGAAGUUCAGAUAAGCAAACUUUAUUGUGUCAACAAGGCUGUGCCAACAUUGCCAAUUAAUAUCGAGGAUGCUGCUAGAAGCGAUGUGGAGAUAGAACAAGCUUUAGAGAAAGGAGAGCAGCUUGUUCGUGUAAAUCAGGAUACUCGUUUGAACUACAGAAUUCUAGAUAUGCGCACACCUGCAAAUCAAGGGAUCUUCCGCAUCCAAUGUCAAGUUGAAAAUAUAUUUAGGCAGUUUUUGCUGUCUGAAGGUUUUGUUGGAAUCCAUACCCCAAAAUUGAUUGGAGGGUCUAGUGAAGGUGGUUCGGCUGUAUUCAGACUGGAUUACAAAGGGCAACCUGCAUGUCUGGCACAGUCACCUCAGCUUCACAAACAAAUGGCAAUAUGUGGUGAUUUUGGCCGUGUGUUUGAAAUUGGUCCCGUCUUUAGAGCAGAAGAUUCUUUCACACACAGACAUCUGUGUGAGUUUACAGGUCUUGAUGUCGAAAUGGAGAUUAAAGAGCACUAUUCAGAGGUCAUGGAUAUUGUUGACCGCUUAUUUGUGACAAUAUUUGAUAGUUUGAAUGACAAAUGCAAAAAGGAACUGGAAGCCAUUGGAAGGCAAUAUCCUUUUGAACCUUUGAAGUAUUUUCGGGGAGAUAAAAAGACCUUACGGCUUACAUUUGAAGAGGGAGUUCAAAUGUUGAAGGAAGCUGGUAUUGAAGUUGAUCCUUUUGGGGACCUGAAUACAGAAUCAGAAAGAAAGCUGGGCCAGCUUGUUGCAAAGAAGUAUGGAACUGAUUUUUAUAUACUUCACAAAUAUCCCUUGGCAGUUCGUCCAUUCUAUACUAUGCCAUGUUAUGAUAAUCCAGCUUACAGUAAUUCUUUUGAUGUCUUCAUUAGAGGAGAAGAAAUUAUCUCCGGAGCUCAGCGUGUCCAUGUACCUGAGUUCUUGGCAAAACGUGCCGAAGAAUGUGGAAUUGAUGUGAAGACAAUAUCAACAUAUAUUGAUUCUUUCCGAUAUGGUGCUCCUCCUCACGGUGGAUUUGGAGUCGGACUGGAGCGUGUGGUGAUGCUUUUCUGCGCGCUCAACAAUAUUCGCAAGACAUCACUUUUCCCUCGUGACCCACAAAGGAUUGCCCCCUGAUUCCUAUAUACAUCGCUAGACAUGCUCUAAGUUUACCUUUCAUUUAUUGAGGCAUGAAACAUUGUAGUUCGAUGAGAAUUGACAAAAUGUCAUGAUUGACACUGUACUAUUUGAAGUACUUCAUUUUUAUCUUGCUUGCUUUUGACGCAAUUCCAUGAGUAUCAGUUAAUACGUUUUGAAUAAUUUGUUUUU